AUGACGCUUCGACCUGCCUCGCUCCGGCGCCUUUGCCUUAGCUUGGGCCUUCUGUUGGCGGUGAACGCACUUGAUCUAAGCACCUUUGCUGGGCAGGCGGAGAUGAAGUUGCUUGUGGAGAACGUUGCAGGACAGGAAACGUCAACCCAAGCUAGAGAGAUGCUCCUCCAAGCCAACGAUCAACCCGACUACACGUGCACUGCAACGAAACGGUGCGACCUUGGUUGUUGCGGACCUCUCGACUGCGAACGCAAGUCCGAGUGUGAUGGCGGUGACUGGGGUCUUCAGUAUGCCAACCUGACCACAUGUCCGCUCAAUGUGUGCUGCAGCGAGCACGGAUUCUGCGGCACGACAGUCGAAUUCUGUGGCCCCAAUCCUGUGCCGCAUCCUCAGUGCGAUCUUUCGCAGCGCAGCGCCGACAAGCGUACAAUCGGCUACUACGAGGGCUGGAACUACCAGCGUCCUUGUGGCAACAUGGAGCCCGAGGAGAUUCCCCUAGGGCACUGGACGCACAUCAACUUUGCAUUUGCCCUUGUCAACCCCAAGACGUUUCACAUCGAAGACAUGGAUGCCGGCACCGGAUCGCGGUAUGGCCGUGUUGCGGCGUUGAAGAGCAAGCAGCCUGACCUCAAGGUCUGGAUCGCUGUUGGUGGUUGGGCUAUGAAUGACCCUGGACCGUAUCGGAUGGCGUUUUCAGACAUGGCUGGCAACGAAGCUAAUCAAGACAAGUUCUUUGACUCGCUUCUGACAUUCAUGAGGAAGUAUGAUAUGGACGGUGUUGAUCUGGACUGGGAGUACCCUGUGGCUGAAGACCGCGGCGGCAUCCCCGCCGAUUUCGACAACUACGUCAACCUCCUCAGACGCCUGAGAGAGCGGUUGAAUUCGACAGGCAGGCAGUAUGGCAUCAGUCUUACUCUCCCCGCCUCCUAUUGGUACCUCCGCGGCUUCAAUCUUCAAGAAAUGGAGCCGUAUCUCGAUUGGUUCAACGUAAUGACCUACGACAUACAUGGCGUCUGGGAUGCCAACAUCGACAGUCUCGGCCCCUAUGCCCACGCACACACCAACCUCACCGAGAUCAAGAUGGGCCUCGAGCUGCUGUGGCGCAAUAACAUAAAUCCAGAGCGCGUAGUGCUCGGCCUCGGCUUCUACGGGCGCAGCUUCACGAUGAAGGACCCUGGAUGCAUGAGCGCCGGCUGCGAGUUCUCUGAAGGAGCCAAUGGCGGUGCCUGCACGGGUACACCCGGCGUAUUGUCCGCGGCAGAGAUUGUUGAGAUCAUCGCCAAUGGCGCUACGGCUACGUACGAUGAGGAGGCUGCCGUACAGAUUGUAACCUGGGAUUCGAACCAAUGGGUUUCGUUUGACGACACCAAGACACUAGGGAUGAAGGUCGAUUUUGCACAUCAGCAUUGCUUAGGAGGGACUAUGGUCUGGGCAAUCGACCUCGAUGAUGGUACACUCACUAAAGCCCUUGGAGAAAAUAUCGAGCGGCCCGAGCUGCCCACGUACGCACCAAGGCCAUUCUUUGAGUGCGGUAAUAGAGAUGAGCUGUAG